CUUCCACCGAAAGCCAAGAGCAACGUUGUGACAGCGCAGUACCAGCAAAGAGUACCCACUGCCUUGUACACCUGCAGCCAGUGCAGCAGCAGCAGCAGUGGUGGGGGCGGCAGCAGCAACCCAAGUGCCGGUGGUGUGGGCAGCAUCCCUAGUGCCAAUGCUAGUAGCGGCACUUCCAGUAUUGGUGGCAUGAGACCUGAUCUGAGCACGGGGAGUGCCUCCCAGCACAGCUCCGUCAUGGCUCACUCUGUCAGUACUUCGCCUCUGGCCUCUCAGUCAUCCUACAGCUUGCUGAGCCCGCCUGACAAUUCCCGUGACCGAGCGGAUUAUAUCAACUCCGCCUUCACGGAGGAUGAGGCCCUUUCUCAGCACUGCCCUGUGGAGAAAUCAAUACGGCACGUGCCCGUGUCCCUGGCGGAGGCUGCCCUCGGUGUAAAACGGCCACCGCCAUACCAGUGGGACCCUAUGGUGAGUGAAGAGAUAUGGGUGCCUCAGGAAAGGACAUCUCAGAGCUCAGUGCCCAACCCUCUAAAACCUACUCCUCUCAUCAUUGGUCAAGCUCAACAUCUGGAUAUGUCUCGAGUACCGUUUGUUUCCCCCAAAUCUCCAACCAGUCCCACUGCCACUUUCCAGACGAGUUAUGGGGUUGGAGUACCCUACCCAGGAAGCUACAGUGCCCCUCCCCUUCAGGGAAUGCAGCCUCCAUGCUCCCCCAAAGAAGCUCUGGCCCCGACACAGUUUGCACAGCAGGAGCCCACAGUUGUGCUUCAGCCAGGUUAUCCGUCCAACCUCUCCUAUUGCUCUUUGCCACCCAUGUACCCGGGAAGUAGCGCCUGCUCUAGUUUACAGCUGCCACCAAUCGCCUUGCACCCGUGGAGUUCCUACAGCGCCUGCCCACCCGUACAGAACCCCCAGGGCACCUUGACCCCCAAACCGCUCCUUGUGGUGGAGAAACCGGUGAUGUCUCCCCCGCCAGCGGAGCUGCAGGGCCACGUGGGCACAGAGGUGAUGGUGGAGACAGCAGACACCUUCCAGGAAGUGCUCUCCUUGACAGAAAGCCCCGUUCCUCAAAGGACAGAUAAAUUUGGCAAGAAGAGCCGGAAGCGCUUGGACAGUCGAGCUGAGGAAGGAAGCGUGCAGGCGAUCACUGAGGGCAAGGUCAAAAAGGAGGCAAGGACGCUGACUGACUUCAAUUCACUAAUAUCCAGCCCUCGGCUGGGGAGGGAGAAGAAGAAGGUCAAGAGCCAGAAAGACCAGCUGAAGUCCAAGAAGCUAAACAAGACAAACGAGUUUCAGGACAGUUCGGAGAGUGAGCCAGAGCUUUUUAUUAGUGGGGAUGAACUGAUGAACCAGAGCCAGGGCAGCAAAAAAGGUUGGAAAACCAAAAGGAGUUUGAGGACAGCCAGUGAACUGGAUGAAUUCAAGUGCCGGAAGGCCAGCGAGAAGGAGGACGGAAGGCUGGGGAGCCAGGGCUUUGUGUAUGUGAUGGCCAACAAGCAGCCGCUGUGGAAUGAGGCGACACAAGUCUACCAGCUGGACUUCGGAGGGCGGGUGACCCAGGAGUCAGCAAAAAACUUCCAGAUUGAGCUGGAAGGACGACAGGUGAUGCAGUUUGGAAGGAUUGAUGGCAAUGCUUAUAUUUUGGACUUUCAGUAUCCAUUUUCUGCAGUGCAAGCCUUUGCUGUUGCUCUGGCUAAUGUGACUCAACGCCUCAAAUGAACAAGCAGAGACUGGAGAGAGGAAAAUGUUAACCUUCUCAGAAAGUCCAAACCGGAAAAUGUCAGGGCAGCCUGCUUUAGGUAUGCAGAGGUGCCUGGGAGCGAAGAAGGCAGUAAAACUGGAAAAGUCUCUUGGUGCCCAACAGAAGGGCAUUAACUCUAAUCAGUCAUGGGGUGGAGGGUGGGGGGCUGUUUUCUGUUUCGUUUGUUUGUUCGUUUGUUUGUUUUCAGGUGUUUGGUUUUUUUCCUUUGAAGCAUUGUGCUGGGUCUCAGAAAGAGCGAAGGGUUGAGAGCCAUUCAGUGUUACUUGGAGAAGUGUGGCAUUUGGCUUGUUGUGGUGGUUCUGCCGUGUUUGCUACAGUAGCUCAUGUAAGCUCAUAGGGGGAUUAAAAAAGACUGCUCUUUUUGAUAGACUGCCUUAUAUCAUGUUGUUCUUUUUAAAACAGGGAACAUGACUUUUUUUCUGGUCCAGUUUGUACUACUACUACUACAUCAGUGAUAGCAGCAAAAAAAAAAAAAAAAGAAAAAAAAAAGCUAUAAUACUUGAAGACACGUGUUUCUUCUUUGAUAUCUGAUAAUAACUGAGCACCACAGGUUCCAAGGAGGCGUAUGUAGGUCAAUGUUUAAUUUAUAAAUAAUGAUGCAUUAUUCAGAAGAGAAACAAUUGUUACCAAUGGGUGAUUUAAAACUCCACUGUAUCAAAGAAGUUGAUGUCUGCUUGUUUUGUGUGCUGUUAUUGGGGAUAAACAUCUUUCAGUAGGUAACAGAAAAGAGGGGAGGAAGUAACCAUGAGCGCCGCUUCUUUGCUCAUACUGGUCAGCAGUAUUCUCUGAUUUGGUAGCUGGGAGAGGUACAGUGUGAGCAGGUGUACAUCUGAGGCCACACCUGUACAUGCUCCUCAUUUAAAUGU